AUGUCCUAUUUAAAAGUAAAUAGUAAAAAGAAUGACUUUGCUUUAUAAUAAAUAUCUGAUUUACUUAAAUUUUACUUAUUAAAAUAGAGGUUUUACAAUUUUAUUAUUAUUUAUAAAAAACAAACAAGCAAAAGUAUUAAAGCGGGCUAGAUUUUAAGAUGGAUUAUAGCAACGUAGAGUAUAUUAAAAUUUAAGCGAAUGAUGAAAAUCAAUACUUCUUAUCUAAAGAUGUUGCCAACCUCUGCGGAUAGUUUAGAGAGUUUAUUAGUAUAUAAUUAAACAAUCCUAAUAGGGGAGAAUAUAUCACAAUUACACUCAAUAUGGCUGGACCAGUCAUUGAAACUAUAAUAUAAUAUUUACAUUACAAGUAUAAAUAUUUAAGCGCAGAUGUUAAAACAAUACCAAAAUUCGAUAUACAACCUAGCCUUGCCUUACAAGUGCUAAAUGCUUCAAUAGAGCUGA